GCAAUCAGUCUUUGCAUGUGACCUUCUGAAAUAUUGGGGUAAUUCCCUUUAGCAUCAUUUGAUCAAGAUCUUUGUGGCGUUAUUUCAUUCGCUGCUUAAUUUUUCAUGCAAAUAUACGGUAUCAAUUCCUAUUGCAUUAGUCAGCACAAUUUGCCUCUUCCAGUUUCAGACAGCUUUCAUACAUAAAAUAAUGGCUUCGUUUAUAAUAUGGCUCGGACGAUUGGCUUUCUUUUGUCUGAUGACUACACAGAGCAUGUUUUUAUCUGCUUACCUCGGGAAGUAUGAAGGCACAUCCAAUUGGUAUUUUAUGGCCUUUUCCUUUGGCCCAGCAGUUUUUGUUUGGGUUCUUCUUCUAAUUUUCAAAGCGCUGUACCUUGGUUGCCUCUUUCGAAUUUGGGGCCUGUAUAUUAUGGCUUUGGUUGUAAACAUCGCAAUGGUAUUUGGAAAAGUCGGAGAUAGAAUCGACAAGACCGAGUUUUUAGGACCAAAUGUAUUGAAGAUGGUUCUGUGCAUUACACCACUUCUGCUACUACUGUUGCUAAACACAGGCGAUCUCGAUGAUUCAGACAACGAAGAAAGAGAGAUUGUUUCCAAGUUGUGUUUUCCCAUGGCCGUCGAUCUGUUCGAUGGAAUCGAGAUGAUAGAUAUCGUGUUAGAAGAAAGAGAGCACGAGUUUGGAAUACCCAAAGCUUUCAGUACAGCAAUGAUCGUGUUAGCUUGCCUCAGUAUAUUGGAAUCUCCUUGGCAAAUGGUAGAAAUCAAACUUACCGGAGAGGGGCCGGAAAUUCGUAUCCGUACCGCAUUAUGCCGCAAUAUUGUUCAAAUAGCUUUCGUAAAUCUACCAUUCUUGAUUAUUCGUGCGGUGGUGUUCUUUAUGUUUGGCAAAGACGAGUUGAUCUUCAUUGCCAAGAAUGGCAUAGCAAUAGUACUUUCCAUUUUGGAAAUUCGUAAUCUACUCCGUUUACAUCGGGCCAAACAAGAAGACCGAGUAGUUUAGAAUAGGUAUAUUUUUGUAGCUCCUCGAUUUCAUGUUAAGAUCUCAAAAUGCACUUUUAUUUUUAUAUCACAUUUUGCAAGCAACAAAUUGCCACUUUAAUUAGUCCCCUGUAACCUAAUAGAAGUAGACUGUUUUUCAUUUCCUCUACAGUUUUACUUUUUCGGCUGUGCAAACUGUACAUAAAGCUAAAAAUUAAUUUUUUAAUGUAUCUCAGAUAUAUCUUAUACAAUUCCCAUUUUAUUCAGUCUCCUCUACUCUGAUACGAGUAGCCUAUUUUUAUUUCCUUAACAGUUUUAUUUUUUCGGUUCUGCAAACUGUACAGAAAGCUUACAAUUACUUUUUUCAUGUAUCUCAAAUAUAUCUUAUAGAGAUAAAUUUAUUGUGUUGUAUCCAGUCGUAGGCAUGUGAUAGAAAGAAUGUUUGAACUCAAGGGCUUGUAAAUUGCGCAGACCUGGAAGCUAAUUUUUGUAUCAGGUGUACCUAGAUGACUUUGCCUCAAUUUUUUUUCUCCUCGUGAAUAAUGGAACUAUAUUCUAUACAUGUAUCAGCCACGAAUAGGACAGUGAAUUAAACAUGUGAAUAAAUUCACAUUUCUUCAAAGAAAAUCUGUGGGGCUCACUCUUUUCAAGAGAACUUGAAGUCUUGUAUCAGUUGAUGAACAAUAUCAUUAAUCUAUUUCUAAGAAAAACUAUCUUUGUCACGAAAAAUAUGAGAAUACAAAAGAAAAACAAUGUAGGGAAAAGGAAAACUGGAGUUUUGAAGGGAAUGCUCAUAAGGGAUCCGGUUGAUUUACAUUUUGUUUUGAGCAAUAUCAGACAAAAUUUCAAGUUCAAG